CAGCGACGAAAUCCUCUGCAAGGCCACCUCUCCUUCUUUAAUCAUUAUCGAAGCACAGGACUCGGGAAGCUCGUUCGCUCCUUUCUUAGUCGGCAAGCCUAUAUCAACGUCUCACCUCACUCCUCCACAACCGUUGUCUCUCUCUCCUCCUCAUCCUCCUCCUCCUUCCCCCUCCCCUGUUUUCUGGUGGGAAAAAGGAAACAGAGAGAGAGAAAGGAAAAAAAGCCUGCAUUUUUACACCCUCCCCUGUUUUCGUUAUCCACUGUUCAUGGUCAUCUCUUAGUCUUGCGCCGCAUUCGUUCGGUUUCCAUAUCUGCCGGAAUCUGGCAAUAAUUUGCAGUGAGAAACGAGAAACAGAAUCGUCAGAAUAUUUGGCGAAUUUGUCCAAUCCGAGGAUGUAUAUUGAGAUUUUUCUGGGUUAGCCUUCGGGAUAAUAUUCUACGGCAAUCUGGUUAAAGGAGAAACAUAAGAUGGACAAUAGCUCCCCUGUUGGAGUUCUGGAGGACUUUCUGAGGAGCAGCGAGUCAGACACUAAUUCGACCACCUCGGACUCCGAAGCCCGGAAUGAUGGGAGGCCCUGUUCCCGCUGGCGCAGGCUCAUCCGCUUGUUGAGGACAAGGUCGAGGAAACAAUCGCCCCCGAUGCAUCCAUUCGACAGCCUAAAGCCCCCAUUCAGAAGAAGCAGCAGCAUGAGGGAGAUGAUCGCCUUUGCGCCGUGUUUCCUGUCGAGAGCCGAUGAACUUAGCAAGACCCCUUGGAAAUAUUUCACCCUCCCCGAGCUCCAAGCCGCGACUAACAAUUUCAGCCCCGAACGCCAAAUUGGGAAGGGUGGCUAUGCUGAGGUUUACAAGGGGCAGCUGAGGAACGGGCAACUCGUGGCAAUUAAACGUCUCAUGCGAGGGACACUAGACGAGAUAAUUGGUGAUUUCCUUUCCGAGCUUGGGAUCAUGGCCCAUGUCAAUCACCGGAACACUGCCAAGUUGGUUGGUUAUGGGGUCGAAGGCGGAAUGCAUCUGGUCCUUGAGUUGUCGCCUCAUGGAAGCCUAGCCUCUGUGCUAUAUAGUGCAAAAGAAACGCUGGAGUGGCAGCUGCGAUAUAAGAUUGCGUUAGGAACUGCCGAGGGUUUAUUGUAUCUUCACGAAGGUUGUCAGAGGCGAAUCAUCCAUAGAGACAUAAAGGCGGCGAAUAUUUUGCUCACUGAGGACUUUGAGCCUCAGAUCUGCGACUUUGGACUUGCCAAAUGGCUUCCGGAGAAAUGGACCCACCACACGGUGUCGAAAUUCGAAGGCACAUUCGGCUAUCUUGCUCCGGAGUACUUGAUGCACGGCAUUGUGGACGAGAAGACCGACGUGUUUGCAUUUGGUGUGCUUCUGUUGGAACUAGUCACCGGCCGCCGAGCACUGGAUUAUGCGCAGCAAAGCCUCGUCCUUUGGGCAAAACCUUUGCUCAGGAAGAAUAACGUCAGAGAGCUCUUGGAUCCUGCUCUGGGCAGCAACUACGACGCCAGGCAGAUCAAUCUGGUGCUCUUGGCUGCUUCGAUUUGUGUACAUCAGUCUUCAAUUCGACGGCCCAGCAUAAGCCAGGUAGCGCAAAUUCUGAAUGGCGACCUUAGCUGUCUGAAGUCCAUGAGGAAGAUCCGGACGCCAUUCUUCCGCAAAGCUUUCGUGGAAGAAUGCUACAGCCCGAUCAAAGAUCGCGACAGUCCGAGGCAUGCCUUGGCUUGAAGAUGAGCUUCGCAAAGUACGUCUUGUCUCCUGCGAUACGAGCGAGGCGAAUAAAAGCUAUUCAAAGAUUGGUUUGUAUAAAGCUGCUGUCUCACCUUAAUCUAGUAUCAAAAGUUGUUUUUUGAUGUGAACAUCACAGGCGAGCAGGAUUUUGCAGUAGGAGGGAAGAAGGUAAUGGCCCUCUAAAGCUAUGUACAUAGAAUCGUAUGGAAUAGGAAAAAGGAAGAAUCCUAGGAAAUAGGGAAUAGGGCGUUUUUGGGGGAUCUAUUCUACAUAAGGAGUAGGAGGAGCAAAGUAAAGUUAGCUUUGCCUCAUUAAAGCACCAUCUUUUGCAGUAUUUUAGGUGCCAUUGUUCAUUCUUUUUGUUCUUUUCAUCAUAUCAUAUGGCAUAUGUCUUUAUACAGGUGAAGCUGUCCCGUUCCAAAUUAAAGUUAUAUUUUGGUGAAAA